GGGCAUCACAAAAGAAUGCUAAACCGCAGCCUACCAGAACUCCUCUUCAUAAGAACCUGCAUAACAUCCUUACGAUCCAUCCCCCCGCUCAGCACGCUCUACACUCUCUCCCGAUUCACCAUUCUACCAUCCAACCUCCGUUUGCCAAUAGCGCUAGAAGUAUACCUAUUUUCGGAAGCACUAUUCUUCACUGUGGUGUACAUUCCUCGAAAACUGAUCUUACAAAAGGUUACCCCCGCACCUCUAUUCCCUGUGCGAAGGAAGAAAAGAAGGAUGGGGAACUAACGGGAAAUGAUACUAUAACAGCCAGCACAACACCCUCCGCCCUCCCCGCGCUCCGGCCGACAGGCUCUAUUCGAGAAAUGCAUUGACGAGACCCCGGAUGUGGGUGCCUACCUCUCUGGUUGGUUCCAUGGCGCCGCCGUGAAAACGAUCAAGCGGGAGAACGUGAGGGAAUUUCUCUCCUGGGCCUUCUUAAACAGGCCGCGGGGCGGAGGGGCGGAAGAGUUCGCCGAGUUGGAGGAGUACAUCUGUCUGCUCGAAAACAGGCUCGGAGGAGGGUUCGAGAAGGGAUACGAUAGGGAGGUAAAGUGCGUCAGGCCAACGGUUGAUGAGGUGGUCAUGGAGUACAGGAGUUUGCUCUGGUAUUUUGUCGGUAUUCUCAUCCGUUGCAGGGGGCGGUGGUGGCGGCUGCUGACGGACGGAUGGACAUGAUAGAUCGUCUACAUCGUGGAUUUGGCAACCUUCAUACGCUUCCGCCUCCACUCAUUCAGCCACUUCGCCCCAGGAGCCUGGCUCCGCAUCCUCCCACCACGCCCACACACAACCUUCUCCUCCCUCUCACCCACGCGUCACAUCUCGUACUGGCAGCGUCCGCAUAACCACCCUACCAAGCUCCCUAUCGUCUUCCUCCAUGGUAUCGGCAUCGGACUACACCCUUACAUAUCCUUCCUCCACGACCUCGCGGACCUAGACCCAACAGUCGGCAUUCUAGUCUUGGAAUUGAUGCCGAUGAGCUUUCGCUUAUCCCACACUCCACUGUCCAGGUCUGCCUUCACGGAGGAGUUUACAGCCAUCCUAACACAGCACGACAUCCAAAACCUCGUGCUGAUCUCGCAUUCCUACGGAACCGUGCUAUCCACCUGGCUACUGCAUUCCGAACACUUAUCCCCAAGAAUCUCAUCCCUAGUGCUUAUAGACCCGGUGGCCAUCUUACUCCACCACCCCUCCGUAGCAUACAACUUUGUCCACCGCGCCCCAAGCACGGCGAACGAAUGGCAACUACAAUACUUCGCCUCCAGGGACCCGGACGUGGCGCAUUCAGUCUCCCGCCACUUCUUCUGGGCGGAGAACAUCCUCUGGAAGGAAGAGCUCACCGGGAGGAAAGUUGGCGUGGUGAUCAGCGGGAGCGACCUGAUUGCCGAUGCGCCCGAGUGCUGGAGGUACCUCACGGGCCGAGAUGCGCCGAAAAGCGAGAGCGGAAAUGUGGUCUGGACCGGCGAGACGGGGGAUUUGACCGUGAUUUGGUGCGAAGGGGUGGACCACGCGCAGGUUUUCGAUACGCAGGCGAGGAGGAGGGUUGUUGUCGCCCUUGCUGAGUUUCUCGGGGACGAAUAGGGGGGGGGGGGUAUUGUAUGAUGUCACCGCGAUGCGGAGACCCUUUGUAGAAACCCAAUUCUACCCUAAUUACCCGAGUACUAUUGAUUUCGGCUUCGAGUAUCAUAACCGAAGGACAUUAAUACACUCCGCGAGUAAAUCUCUAUAACCUACAACCCGUCUACCCCAUCUUUGGCAAUAACACCCGAGAAAGAUACUCCACAAACAAGCACUCAGAGUAUAAACCCCUAUCACACGUAUGAUACCCCAAAUACAAAUACAGUACCGUACAUACAACCCCACAAAUUGACAAAGCCGUUCCAAUACCAUCCCAUCACCAAGAGAGAAACUCUAUCCAUCCAUCUUCAAGCGGGGCGCAGGACAAGAUUCUAUAUGGUAAGAUAUGCCGUAUGAUACACCACAGUAUAAUACAAGCACCCCCUCCAUCAACAUCAUACUGCCAUAUAUAUAUACAACAGAUCUCUAGCCAGACCACAAGGAAGUACCGAUUACCCAUUUCUCUUUCUUUCUU